UGUCGCGGCAGAUAAUAUAUUUUGUCGUUACUCACCGAAUUGGACAGCCACACAAGCUGAUCCCGUUCUUCGCUAAAAACAAUGUCGUUUUUACUCCGUCGCAGCAUCACCGGAACCACCAGGUUUCUCUCCGCUUCACGCUAUGUCUCCACCACGAGCCCUAACACUUAUUAUAUCAGCCACUGCCUUUUACUCUCACAGAACCAAAUUCCUACUUUUCCAUCCAAUCUAUCGUUCAUGAGAGAAAUCUCCACCUUUUCUAGCUCAAAAGAUAAGAAACAACAGGAUGGAGAGCUAUCAAUGGGAGGAAAGGUUUCCUGGGUUGAUGUGUACUUACCUAGACAAGUUAGACCUUAUGCACAUCUUGCUAGGAUAGAUAAGCAAAUUGGGACUUGGCUUCUUGCUUGGCCUACCAUGUGGUCAAUAACGUUGGCAGCUGCACCAGGAAAUCUUCCCGAUUAUAAGAUGAUUGGUCUGUUUGCUUUGGGUUCUUUGCUUGUAAGAAGCAUUGCGUGUACUAUAAAUGAUAUUCUUGAUAGAGACAUUGAUGCAAAGGUUGAUCGGACGAAGCGUAGACCGCUUGCAAGCGGGGUGUUGAAGCCAUCUCAAGGGGUUCUUUUUCUUGGUUUUCAGUUGUUUUUGGGUCUUGGGAUUCUUCUUCAACUGAAUAAUUAUAGCCGAGUUUUGGGAGUUUUAUCUAUGUUUCUCGUCUUCACCUAUCCCCUCAUGAAGAGAUUUACUUAUUGGCCUCAAGCUUAUCUUGGUUUUACAUUUAGCUGGGGAGCUUUACUGGGAUGGUCGGCAGUUAAAGGAUCUCUUGAUCCAGCCAUUGUUUUGCCUCUAUACGCUAGCGGUAUAUUUUGGACUCUCGUGUAUGAUACAAUAUAUGCACACCAGGACAAGGAAGAUGAUCUCAAAGUGGGUGUUAAAUCGACGGCCUUGUUGUUUGGGGAUUCAACAAAGGAGUGGAUUUCUGGGUUUGGAAUUGCAUGCAUUGGUGGUCUUGCCCUCAGUGGAUUCAACGCUGAUCUUGGGUGGCCAUUCUAUGCGUUUUUGGCAGCAGGUUCUGGACAAUUAGCUUGGCAAAUAUGGACAGUUAACCUAUCCUGCCCCGCUGAUUGCAGUAGAAAAUUUGUGUCCAACAAAUGGUUUGGGGCAAUUGUAUUCAGUGGGGUUUUACUUGGUAGACUUUGGUCGUAGAUGUGUAUUUGAGAAAUCUCUCCCCACUACCUGCUGAGGCUAAGGCUGCUAUGGAUGCUGCCAAGUUGCUUAAUCUUCAACAGCCUGUCAUUACAACAUUCUGUAUCUUUGAGACCAUAAACAUCAUAACUAUGUCUCGUCAAUCUGCAACAGCCUGUCCGUAGCUUGUUCCUUAAUCUAUUUUAUUAAAUUUAUACAUUAUAUUUUUGAGUUAA